AUGGCUAAGCGUUCUUCAAUUAUUUUCUUCACAUGUAUUGUAAUUCUCUGAAUAUGCGAUGCUUCUUCUGAUGUCGAACACAGGAAAACUUAUGUAGUAUACAUGGGAUCACUUCCUGAGGAAUCAUCGUACUCUCCGAUUUCUCAUCAUCUGGGAAUGCUUGAACAAGUUACUGGAGAAACCGAUGCAGCAAGUUCAUUACUGAUUCGAAGCUACAAGAGAAGUUUCAAUGGGUUCGCUGCAAAGCUCACAGAAGAGCAAAGAGAAAAGAUUGCUCGAAUGGAAGGAGUGGUAUCUGUUUUUCCAAACACAGUACUUCACGCUCAUGAAACCAGAUCGUGGGACUUCAUUGGUUUGGUUGAGUCAGUCAAGCGAAACGUUUCAGGUGAAAGUGAUGUCAUAAUCGGAUUUCUUGACACUGGAAUCUGGCCUGAAUCCGAGAGUUUUACAGAUAAAGGUUUUGCUCCUCCUCCCAAAAAAUGGAAAGGAACUUGUGCUGGUGGGAAAAACUUCACAUGUAAUAACAAAAUCAUAGGAGCUCGAUUCUACAGAGGAGACUCUGCUAGAGAUGAUGUCGGCCAUGGAUCUCACACGGCCUCAAUAGCAGCUGGAAACAACGUUAAUGGCGCGAGCUUUUAUGGUAUAGCAGAAGGCACUGCAAGAGGAGGGGUCCCAUCUGCGAGAAUUGCUGUAUACAAAACCUGCGAUAAUGAAGGGUGCAGUAGUGCGGGAAUCUUGGCUGCUUUCGAUGAUGCCAUAGCAGAUGGAGCUGACAUACUUUCGCUUUCACUUGGAGGGAUGUUUCCUCCUGACGAUUUAUACGAUGAUGGUGGCAUCUCGAUCGGUUCCUUCCAUGCUAUGGCCAAAGGGCUACUCACAGUGCAGUCUGCAGGAAACGAAGGGCCUGAUCCAAACUCAGUGACAAGUGUUGCGCCAUGGAUCCUCUCAGUUGCAGCAAGCACCACAGAUCGCCAAGUCAUUGACAAGCUUGUUCUUGGCAAUGGAACAACCUUAGUGCAUGGAGAUUCAGUGAAUGCUUUUGAUCCAAAAGGGACCAUAUAUCCCAUAGCCAAAUGUAAGGAUCGAAUCUAUUCCGACGUUUGCGAGUGUCUGAAAAGUGAGAUCCAAGGAAAGAUAGUGUUAUGCAACACUCGUAUAGACAUUAAGGCUCAUGAAGCUGGUGCAGUUGGAGCGAUUGUAAAGGAUAGUGGUGUAAGCAAUGGACCAACUGGGGUGACUUUAUUUCCUUAUCUCACGUUAUCUCCAAUAGACUAUAAUGUUGUUGCGUCAUAUUCAAGAUCAUUAUCAAAUCCAGAGGCUGAGAUAAUGAAGAGUGAGAGUAUUGUGGAUGAUAAUGCUCCGAGAGUAGCUAAGUUUUCUUCACGUGGGCCAAGCAUAGCAGUCCCAGAAAUCCUAAAACCAGAUAUAACUGCACCAGGAGUGAAUAUCUUAGCAGCAUAUUCUCCUUUGGCUUCACCAUCAGGUCAUGAUGAUUUAGACCCUAGAAGGGUUAAGUACAAUAUCAUCUCAGGAACCUCUAUGGCUUGCCCUCAUGCAUCUGGAAUAGCUGCAUAUGUGAAAAGUUUUCAUCCAAAUUGGUCUCCGGCAGCCAUCAAAUCUGCGAUUAUGACAACAGCUAAACUUAUAAAUGGUCCUAAAGAUCACUUUUCUUAUGGAUUAGGACAUGUUAAUCCCAUGCAAGCUGUUGAUCCUGGACUUGUUCAUGACCUUUCAAAACAAGAUUACCUAGAACUUCUCUGCAAUCUUGGUUAUAACACUUCAAUCAUCAAACGAAUAUCUGGUGAUCAAAGUGUCACAUGUCCCAAAUCUCCUGCUAGAUCCUUGAUAAGAAAUACGAACUUUCCUUCAAUACUAAUAGAAGAACAAUCCAUGAAACCAUUUGAUGUUGAGAUUAAUCGAACAGUCACAAAUGUUGGAUUUGCUAACUCAGAGUACAAUGUAACUGUACAGUCAACUCAAGGAAUCAACAUUACAGUGGAACCUAAGGUGUUGUCCUUCAAGUCUUUGAGUGAGAAGCAAUCUUUUGUUGUGAGAACUGUGGGUGGGAAAUUACCAGAAGAAACAGUGUUGUCCUCAUCACUCGUAUGGUCAGAUGGCACUCAUGAUUUUAGGAGCUCUAUUAUUGUGAAUGUUUUGAACUCGACCAGAAGUUAA